UGAAAAAAUAUGAAAUGUCAUCGCUGUCAUUGACCAAAAUAUUUAGACAGCAAAUCGGGUUGACAUUGACUUUUAGAACGGAAUAUUUUUUAUUUGCUUUUAUUUCUCUGUGGGGCCCUGAAGAAUCCUCACAAAUUGUCGCUCACAGAGUGUGUGUAUUCGCGCCCCAUUUCCGCAGAGUUUUCCAGGAAGACGAAAGAAGUCCAGGUGAAAAAUUUGAAGCAUUGCGUGGAGAGAAAGGUUCACAAGGAAAAAAAUCUCUGGAAUAUGGAUGUUGAUGAAAUUUGCAAUGACAGCAGUAGAUCAUCUCCGGAGCCCCGGGGGGCACAGGAUGACAUCGAUCAGACGCUUUUGCAGUCCUUCAGCUGUCUGGGUACAACAGACCACGAGGAGCUCAUUAGUCAACUGCAACAGAUAAUUGGGCAACAAAUAAGCUACACAACGGCAAAGUUUUUCCUCGACAUGAAUAACUGGAACCUCCAUGCCGCCGUUGGUUGCUACUUUGACUACUACACAGGUCUAAAGACAUUUUCCAUGAAAGUUUUGGUUAAUGUAACAGAUUUGAUAAAAAUACGACCCAAUACGAAUUAUGUACAAACUUGGUUGGUUCUCAAUGAUGGCGAUGAGACCUGGCCCGAGGGGUGCUACCUCCAUCUCGUCUCACCUGCUGAGAAGACAAGAGUACCUGUAAAGCGACUAAAGCCCGGCGAAUCAACGCGAAUUGAUGUGUGGCUCAUGUCGCCCGUGCAGUUGGGUGUGCAUCAGAAUAAAUGGCGAAUGAGUACGCCGUGCGGGAUGUUCUACGGCGAUACCCUGUGGGCCAUGCUGGAAGUUGAUGAGAAUGCCCCAGAUGUCCGGGCUGAGGAUGCAGCGGCACAAACAAAGGAAAUUGAGGAGCGCCUGCAGAAUUUAUGGUCAAACGAAACGAGACCCACAACAGAGAGUCGAAUGGAGCUCGUGCCACAUCAAUCGAAUUACGGACAGUGGCCCAAUAUUCCUGCCACACAGGCUAUUGCACUGCCACCACCACCCCCGGGGCCCUCGGAGGAUACGGAAAUGUGAUUGAGGGGGGCACCACCACCAAUGGAUGUUCCCGAAACAUCAAAUUAUUAAGCAGUGUGAGAAAGAGAGAUAAAAUUGUACUUGAAAGCAGCGCUAGGGAGGAAAAUCUGUUAUUUUUACAUCUCUUAAUCCAUUCUUCUUUUUUUUUUUAAUUAAUCUUUUGGGAUUAAAAAAUUCUUUAAAAUGAG